CACUUCACACACCGAGCAGCGAGACUGAGGAGCGGCUAGUCGCCACAGAGACACACCGUCGACAAAUUAACCAAGUGAAAAAUGGACGCCUGGGAUGAAGAGGAAACUACUUCUGGUACUACUGCACUAAACAGCCACAAUUCAAGUGAAGGCACACAAGGAGACACGUGGAACACAGGCAGCGGAGGAUUUGGAAGGGGUCGUGGUGGGAGAGGAAGAGGCAGAGGAGGAUUUAAAAGCUCAUUCUCUUCAGGAGGUGAUGAGGAUGGAAAUGAUGGGAGCAACUGGAACAACAAUGAUGGAGAGAGAGGUGGUUCCAGAGGUGGUUUCAGAGGCAGAGGGGGCAGAGGGCGAGGCGGAGGAUUUGGCCGGACGGACCGCAGUGAAUUUAAUGGAGACGAUGAUGAAGGGUGUGAAAACGGGUCUAGAGGAGGACGGGGUGGCAGAGGAGGUUUCCGAGGUCGUGACCAGGGUAGCCGCGGAGGCUUUGGAGGAGGUUACCGUGGGAAAGAUGAGGAGGUCUUUGCUCAAGGCACAGAUAAAGAUCCAGAGAAGGAUGGAGCCGACAGUGAGAGACCGAGGGUGACAUACAUUCCCCCCACCCUCAAUGACGAUGAAGACUCUGUGUUUUCCCACUAUGAGACGGGCAUCAACUUUGACAAGUAUGACGAUAUCUUGGUGGACGUGAGUGGAACCAACCCACCGAAGGCUAUCAUGACCUUUGAUGAGGCAGAUCUGUGCGAGUCUCUGAGGAGAAACGUCAACAAGUCUGGUUAUGUGAAGCCCACCCCUGUGCAGAAGCACGGCAUCCCCAUCAUCUCUGCCGGCAGAGAUCUCAUGGCCUGUGCCCAGACUGGCUCUGGUAAAACGGCUGCGUUCCUGCUUCCUAUUCUGCAGCAGCUGAUGGCUGACGGAGUGGCAGCCAGCAGCUUCAGUGAGCUGCAGGAGCCUGAAGCCAUCAUUGUGGCCCCGACCAGAGAGCUCAUCAACCAGAUCUACCUGGAGGCCAGGAAGUUUGCCUUUGGGACGUGUGUGCGUCCUGUAGUGGUCUAUGGUGGAGUCAGCACUGGACACCAGAUAAGAGAAAUCUGUCGGGGCUGCAACAUGGUGUGUGGAACACCAGGGAGGCUGCUGGAUGUGAUUGGAAGAGGAAAGAUCGGCUUGAGUAAGCUGCGCUACCUGGUGCUGGAUGAGGCCGACCGUAUGUUGGAUAUGGGUUUUGAGCCUGACAUGCGGCGCUUGGUGGGCUCCCCUGGGAUGCCAGCCAAAGAGAACCGUCAGACUCUGAUGUUCAGCGCCACGUACCCCGAGGACAUCCAGAGGUUGGGGGCUGAUUUUCUCAAGACUGACUAUUUGUUCUUGGCUGUUGGUGUGGUGGGCGGAGCCUGCAGUGACGUGGAGCAGAAAUUCAUCCAAGUCACCAGGUUCACCAAGAGGGACCAUCUCCUGGAUAUCGUCAAGACCACAGGUACGGAGCGCACCAUGGUGUUUGUGGCGACCAAGAGACUAGCUGAUUUCAUUGCAGCCUCCUUGUGCCAAGAGAAGGUUCCCACCACCAGCAUCCAUGGGGACCGGGAGCAGCGGGAGAGAGAGCUGGCUCUGGCAGACUUCCGCUCUGGUAAAUGUCCUGUCCUGGUGGCCACGUCUGUAGCUGCCCGCGGCCUGGACAUCCCCGAUGUUCAGCAUGUGGUGAACUUUGACCUCCCCAACAACAUUGACGAGUAUGUGCACCGCAUUGGGAGGACUGGUCGCUGUGGUAACACUGGGAGAGCCGUGUCUUUCUAUGAUCCUGAAGCUGAUAAUCAGUUGGCCCGCCACCUCGUCUCAGUGCUGGCCAAGGCGCAGCAGGAAGUGCCCUCGUGGUUGGAGGAGUCUGGGUUUGGUUGCUCCGGAGCGUCUGGCCCCAACCCUAUGAGGAAGAGCUUUGCCUCCACAGACAGCAGGAAGGGAGGGUCUUUCCAAGACAACGGUGCGAGGAGCCAGCCGGCCGCUCAGACGGCAGACGAUGAAGAGGAAUGGGAGUAGCAGAGCAGCACCUCAUCACACCAUUGACCUUGACUUGUUUUCUUUUCAGCUGUUCGGCUUGUUGCAGUUUUAUCAAAAUGUUUUUGUUUGAAAGAAAUGUUUGCAUUAAGCCGUAAAAAGUUUAAAAAUGCCAAACGUGAUGUUUAAAUGUGAAACAAGGUCAGCUUGUUGUAGUUUUAUCAAGUAUUUUUGGUUAAAGGAAAAUUGUUUGUAUUAAACAAGACAAAAAAUAUCUGACAAAUGUCAGACAAGGUGUUAAAAUGUGAAAUCAGGUUGUUCUUGUAUGAUGUGAACACUGGAGCUGUUCAUAACUGACCUGCUUAUUGUGGAAGCUUUGAUUUUUUUUUUUUUUUUGUCAUAUAUUGUCAUAUUCCAACAAUAUUUACUUUAGGAUGAGCAAUAAAUAAAUAUUUGUUGAAGCAAA